UCACGUGUCAAUUUAAGACCCUCGUCUACUAUUAACUUUUCUCUACUUUUACUUGUAGUGAUACGCAGUUCCCUUUGCUGUGCGCCCUAUCUACCUUGUAUUAGCUUCUACUUUAGCCUUUUCUCCUUCCAUCACCUGGAGUCAAGCUAUAAUCUUGUCGUGAAUAAGACGAGAACAAGACGUCACCACCACCACCACCACCACCACCUCUACCAUCGUCCAUUCCCCUCAGCGCAACCUCAACCCUCCGAGCCUCCACUCCUCGGACCUCCCUGUCACUCUUCGCCGUCUUUCUAGAGCUAUGGCUUGAGCGGAAUCCAGCCAUUUGUUCUUGUCGCAGACCAGCCUUGCGCUUCACCCUCGUGCAAUCAGCGCUAUAGCAGCCGCGGUGGCAACGGCAAUCAGCCAAUAUGUUGCCCUUCAUCAGCAAGCCCUUCGAUCUCCUCGCACUGCGCCUCGGCGCAUCUUCUGACGAACUCAAACUUGUCUUCUCGUUCCUCAUAUCAUACCCUUUGGCUGGCCUCCUCAAGCGAGUCCCUGAUGCUAGACCCGAUCAGAAGAACCUCUUUAUAAUAUGCACCUCUACCUUCUACCUAGUCGGUCUCUUCGACCUGUGGGACGGUGUGCGCACUCUCGCCAUCGCUUCCGUGGGCGUCUACUGCAUUACCAGGUACAUGCGCACUAGUCCCUUUAUGCCAUGGAUUGGCUUCGGUUUUCUCAUGGGCCAUAUGUCCAUCAACCAUAUCGCUCGUCAAGUUGCCAACAACCCCUCCUCUGUCGAUAUCACAGGUGCCCAGAUGGUCCUUCUCAUGAAGUUAAGCGCAUUCUGCUGGAAUGUGGCCGAUGGCCAGCUCCCAGAAGAUCAGCUAUCUGAUUAUCAGAAAGAGAGGAGGCUGGUUGAUCUGCCUGGUCUCCUAGACUAUGCAGGUUACGUUCUCUUCUUCCCCUCCCUCUUCGCUGGGCCUGCGUUCGACUAUAUCGAUUAUCGCAAAUGGAUCGACACAACAAUGUUCAACCUCCCCGCUCAGGUUGACCCCUCCAAAGCGCCUCCCGUGAGGAAGAAGAGAAAGAUUCCCCGCAGUGGCACGCCCGCUACCUUGAAGGCUGCCAGCGGCCUGGGUUGGAUUGGUCUUUUUAUGUUCCUUUCUAACUACUAUCCAAUCACCUAUUUGACGAGCCCCUCCUACAUGGACCAUGGUUUUCUUCACAGAAUUUGGAUUCUUCACAUGGCUGGUUUCACCGCUCGUUUGAAGUACUACGGUGUUUGGUGCUUGACAGAGGGCGCCUGCAUUCUGGCCGGCUUAGGCUACAAUGGUGUGGAUCCUGUCACCGGCAAGGUGUCGUGGAACAGACUACAAAAUAUCAAUCCUUGGGGCGUCGAGACGGCUCAAAACACCCGCGCCUAUCUCGGUAACUGGAAUAUGAACACCAAUAACUGGCUGAGGAAUUACAUCUACCUGAGGGUCACACCGAGGGGGAAGAAGCCUGGUUUCCGUGCAAGCCUUGCUACCUUCAGCACCAGCGCUCUGUGGCACGGCUUCUACCCCGGCUACUACAUGAGCUUCAUCCUUGCCAGCUUUAUCCAAACAGUGGCCAAAAAUUAUCGCCGCUACUUGCGAGCCUUUUUCAUCGAUCCCAAUAGUGGCGCGCCCACCUCUAGUAAGAUCUACUACGACAUCCUCUCGUAUUUCGUCACGCAGGUGGGCAUGUCGUUUGUCGUCGCCCCCUUUCUCAUUCUCGAGUUCUCGGGGUCGGUGCAGGUGUGGGCUCGUGUAUAUUUCUACACCAUCGUGGGCACCAUGCUGUCCAUGGCCUUCUUUGCCUCGCCCGCCAAGCAGAUGCUGAAAAAGCAACUCGAGCAACGGCAAGGCAAAGCUGGCGCCAAGCUCACGCGCACCCUGAGUCAAGACAGUCUCUCAGGUCGGGAGCCUGUUUUGGGCGUGUCGGCGGAUCCACAGCGAGAGAUCGACGAGGCCAUGGAGGAAAUCAAGGCCGAGGUGGAGGCCAGGCAGAGGAAGAAGGCUGCCUGAGUGAGCAUCGAUGAGUUGCAUUGUACCGGCGCUCCUGCGACCCAGGUAGUCCACGAUGCCCUACUCGCGUGCCGGCAUAUGUUGCUUCAUGCGUGAAAUGGGUACAUAUCAUCAAGCAAGCGUUGUUACAGCUCGAAGAGGUUCCGGACGAUGGAUGAUUGUGAGUGAGUGGUAUUGGAAGUGGCCCUCGAGGGGCUCAUUAGACAUUGCGGGCUAUAUGGAUGUAAAACUAAACCAUUAUGAAAUGUCUAUGUCCCACAAC